AUGUCCCGUUGCGCGGCGGCUGGCGACGUCGGCGGCGUCCUCGGUGGCGGCUACCGGCUCGGCGGCUCGGCUUGGGGCCUGGUGUGCGGCCGCCUGUACCUGGCGCAGCUGCUGACCAUCUGUUGGGGCCUGGUUUGUGGCCGCCGGUACCUGGCGCAGCUGCUGACCAUCUGUGCCUGUGUGCGGUCUGUGUUCCAGUGGGGCCUGGUGUGCGGCCGCCGGUACCUGGCGCAGCUGCUGACCAUCUGUGCCUGUGUGCGGUCUGUGUUCCAGUGGGGCCUGGUUUGUGGCCGCCGGUACCUGGCGCAGCUGCUGACCAUCUGUCCCUGUGUGCGGUCUGUGUUCCAGUGGGGCCUGGUUUGUGGCCGCCGGUACCUGGCGCAGCUGCUGACCACUCUGUACCUUGCGGGCGCGCUGUUCGGUGGACCGGUGCUCGGACUCCUCUCUGACCGGUUUGGUCGCCAGCCCGUCAUGCUGCUCUGCCUCUACACCCAGCUCGUCAUCGGAGUCGGCCUGUUCUUCGUCCGUAGGCUGGUCGUAUUCAUCGGCCUGCGAACACUGCAGGGCUUCUUUAUUCAGGGUCUGGAGGGCAGCAGCUGGCUGAUGCUGGCGGAACUGGUGCCCGCCGACCAGCGGCCGGCGGCGGCGGCCGGCGCCCAGUUCUGCUGGGCGCUCGGCGGCCUGCUGCUGACUCUGUGCCAGCACUGCGUCGGCCACUGGCGCUACGUGCAGCUGGCCAUCAGCAUCCCCAGUCUGGUGACGCUGCUCUACAUAUGGCUGAUCCCAGAGUCGGUGGCCUGGCUGGUGGAGCAGCGGCUGCGGCGGCGCGCCCGACACGUGGUCUGCCGGCUGGUCCGGUGCAACGGUCAGCCAGUCAGCACCGAGCUGCUCGCCCACCUGGAUCAGGUGGCCGAGCGGCUGUGCGCGGCCGAGCACGGACCGGCCACGGACCGGCGCAUCCGCCGCCGCGCCCCGGCGCUACUCGCCGUCUGGCUGUGUUUGGCAGUGAGCUCGGCCGGAGCGCGGGCGCGGCCGCUGCCGCUCGGCCCGGCCGGCCGGCUGGCGAGGAGCGCCGCUGAGGGCGCCGCGCACGCCGCCGGCGCGCUGCUGGCGCUGCUGCUGACCGGCCGGCUGCGGCGCCGCACCUGUCUGGCGGCUGCGCUGACCAGCUCCGCGGCGCUGCUGGCCGCCACCGCCACCGCCCACACUCUCCUCGACGGUGCCGCUGUGGACGUACCCGCGCUGGUGGCCUCGCUGCUCCUGCUGGGCCGGGCGGUGGACGUCUGCAGCCGCUGCUGCCUGCUGCUCAGCACAGUCGAGCUGGCGCCGGCGUCGCGGCGCGGCCUGCUGCUCGGCGGCGCCCUGCUGGCGGCUGGCAGCGGACCGCUGCUGGCGCCCCGCCUGCCGCCGCUCAUGGCGAGCCACCCGGCCUGGAGCCAGCCCCUGGUGCUGGCCGGUGUGUCGGUGGCGGGCGCUCUGCUCGCGCUGCUGCUGCCCGACGGCUCCCGGCAGCCGGCCACCAGCCCGCCACUGCACUCACAGGCCGGGCGCCACCACUCAGAGUCGUCGGGCGCCGACACCGCAGAGCGCUACCAGACGGGGGACGGACGGCGGCGCCGGCCCGGCGCGGCAGCCAGCUCGCUCUGCUCGUGCAGCUGCCGGAGCUCAGACGCCGGCGUCGCGUCCGUGCUGCUGACGGCCGACAACGUCACGCUGCGGCCCGUGUACGGCGGCGCCGGCAGCGCGUCCUGCUCGUGCGGCCAGCUGUGCCCGCAGUGCGCGCACAGCCUGCGGCGGCCGGGCGGCCCGCUCGGCGGCGCCCGGAGCCCUGCGGCCGCGGCCCGGUACGCUGCGCCGCCCUGCCGUGCGGGCCCGUCCCUCGGCGGCGGCGUCGAGCGCCGGGUGGUGGACGGCAGGAUCGUGACGGUCCGCCGGCGCGCUGACGAGCCGGCCGUGUCGCGGCCCGGCGCGGCGCAGGCGCAGACGGUCGGCAGCCACGGCCUGUUCGGCUGGUCGACGCAGAGGCGGCAGCUGGAGAACUACGAUCAUAGAGAGGCCCGGCCCGGUGCUGCGGCUCACAGGGACGGUGACGGCGGCGCCCAGGGCCCGCCGCAGGGUCUGAUGCGACUCGUCAUCUCCCGAGUGGGCGCGUGAACACGCCUGCCAAGCACUGCGCCGAUGCAGGCGGCCGGGCUGGGUGAUCAUCUGAUGGCAGGGCCCGUGGAAGGGACCGGCACCCCCCACUCCCCAGACAUCUCUGCUGCGUGGGAACACACAGUGAGCCUGCCGACAUUGUCAUAACCGAAAUACAUGUUUCGAGCGUCAAAUGCCACCUCGAAAGAUCCGUUCAUCAGCAGACACUGAGACAGACGAGAGGCUGAUGGAUGUUUGGUAAAGACGGCGCUGUUUCUUGUCUUGUAUUG